AUGGUAUUCCAGCUUGCUUCAGAGGAUGAGGUCUCUACUCUUCAUGCUACUAGCGAUCUACUAAAGGAAAAGGAGAGUCUUUCUGCCUGGGAGUUGGCCCGCCUCUCAAACAUUGCUCCUCUUUUAGCUAAAGAACGUCUUCUUGCGGCUGAGCAAGCAGCUUUAGCCUGCCGCGAUGACAGCGAGCAAGGGCUUCGCUUCUAUCCAAAUCUGUUCGCUACUCGGGACUAG